CAUUGAGCGGGAAGAGAACAUGUUUGAUGACAUGUUGACAGCUUUUGAUGAGAAAUUAGAGCGUGUUGGAAGAAAAAACACUAUCAAACCCAAGACUCUUACUAUUACCGAACCAUUUUUAAAGGAUGACGAGUUGACUAGAGAUCAAAUUGAGGAUCAACAGUUGAAAGAUAAACUAUUAUAUCCGCUUUCAAGAUCCAACAGUGAUGAGUAUAUCGACGAAAACUUACAAUUUUUGAAAGAAGAGUUGAUAUGGCCAAUUGAUACCGUGGCCGAUGUUAAGUCAUUUAGAUCGGUUGAAGAACCAGCAAAGCCAGUUGAAUCAAAUGAAUCAAAUGAAUCAAAUGAGUCAGAAGAAGUCAUCGGGGGAGAAGAAGAUGUGUUCUUCAUAGACAAAGAACAGUUGAACAAUUUGUUCAAUAACAUCAGUGAAGGACAAAGAAGAAAACUCCCAAUGCAUUUGAAAUACAUAAAGCAGUUCAAAGAUUUCCAUGUGUUAGAGAUUAACAUCAAGAAGUUUGAGAAUUUGACAAACACGACUAUAAAAUCUAAUGACCAGGAUGUUGCAUCAAUUUUGAGAAGAAGGAACCAAUAUGGUACAAGAAACUCAUUGAGUUCAAGGGACAGGCACCUGAAGAACAAUCAAAUUAAGAGCACAAAGGUUAAGUUUUCAAAUAAAAUUUCAAUUAACGAAACCUUUUCUCCUGAUUUAUACUCAAGAUACAAUCGGGCAGUCACUCAAUAUACCUUGACAGAACACAAUGAUAUUGCUAAAAUCAAGAAUGAGUUGAAUGACUACAAAUGUAACGAAAUGUUGGUUCACGAGCAAUCUCAAAACAACACCCAUUUCUUUUACUGAUAUUUAUAUCUUAUUUUAUCUGAAUGAAAACGAAAUACACAAGUUUAGGAAAUCGUAACCAGUAAAAUUCUCAAGAGCCUCUGUAGGUAGUAUAGCUGUGGUUCGCCAAUAGCAAAGGUAUAUGAUAGUGGUUGUCUGGGGGAUUGUCGAUAGUGAAUAUGAUUUCAACAAACGGGAAGAAUGUCCUUGAAGUAUCACUCAAUUCAUGGAAGUACUUGCCAGUCAAGAAUUUGAUCUUGUAUAUACCAGGCACCAAUUUAUCCCACUUGCUACUAUUAAUUCCAAUGUCUGAAUUGUUGACAUUUGGGUUGAAGACCCAGUCUUUAAUUCUUCCAUCCUGAUCAGUCUUGUUCAUUGCAAAUGGUUCUGUGCUAGCUAGAUCGUAACUCUUAUCAUCACUCUUGUCAGUAACCAGUGGACCAAUGUAGUAGAUCGAGCAUGUUACUCCCAGAGCAGGCCUGCCUCUCGUGGUAUCCAAUAUGUGACAUGUGAUUGGGUCUACCGACAUUUUUGAAGAAGAGCAAGAUGUUCGUUAUCACCAAAUCGAGUCG